AUGUCGAACGGGGCUGCGCGACCGAGCGUCGACGCGGUACCUGCGUUAGAGGCGAAAGCCUCGCUGGACCUGCAAGCUGCGCGCGAGACCCAUGCGCGUAGCUCAAAGGCUGCCACCAGGCCGCGCUCGUACUACUGGAACGACCCCCUGCACACACUCGACGUGUCGCGAAAACCUUCUGUACACGUCUACGAAGCGCCGAGUGCGUCUGCGCACUCGCGCACCCCCUCCAACUCUUUUACGUCGUGGAAGACGACCGAGAGUGCGCUGACCGGCGCGACGACCCCGCAGCAGCUCGCGACGAUGUCUCCGUCGAACCCCCCCGUCUCUUCGUUUACGCCCCAGGCUGAGCGGCCGAGUCAUCUGCACAUCUCUGCGCUGAGCCCCCAUGAGUACGCCGCGUUUGGGCAGUGGGUCGAGCGCAUCAAGCCCGCGCACUCGCGGCGCCGCGGGCUGCUGGAUGAGCACGCCGCGGUCAAGUUCCUACGCAACGAGUUUGGAAUCAGUGUCGACCAAGAAGUAAAGAUCAUGUCGCUCUUUGAGCGCCUCCCCCUUGGCCUUACCCACGGCCACUUUUAUGCGAUGCUGCGCCUUGCCUCCUGGGCGCAGCAAGGCUUUUCGAUCACAAAAGAGCUUGUUUUUGUACAGACCUCGCCGCCCGAGCCCCGCCGGCGCCGCCAGCCGCCGACACGCAACGGCAGCGCGGCGACGGACCGGACGGCGCGCAGUGUGCGCCGUUCCCCGAUGCUGCUCCCCCAGCCGAUGAUGAUGGAUGUCCCGAAAGCCCCCCCACGCCAAGUGCCGGACGACGACGUGCAGCCCUCGAACCGCGAUGCACUCGAAGGCGACCUUGUCGAAGAGCCAGAAGGCCUCGACGACCUCUCGGCGAGUCCGUCGAGCCCGCGCGUCGUGCGCCCCAAGCCGGUCGUCGCGCGUGCGCCGCACCCCGACGAGGCGCGGCCCGGCAGCACACUCCCCCCGCUUCCGGGCGAGGAGAUUGCGACGGCGCGCCAGCCGUCGCGGUCGUCGCUCAAAGCACCCGAUUCGCCGAGCAUGGGCCUGAUGCGCCCCUCGUUCGACCGCCCCUCUGCGCCGCUGCUGCCCCAGCAAGUGAGCCCGCUCAUCCAGGCGUCGCUCAAUGCGCGCAGCGAGAUGAAGAAGGCGUCGCGCCAGGCGUCGCGCCCCAAAACCUUUACGGUCCUCUCCUCCUCGAGCGGCCAGGUCGAGCGCGACAAACCGCGUCUGCUGACCGGCCAAGAGGCGCCGCCCCAGGCGCAGCCCUUGUCGAACUCCAAGCGGCGGACGCACUCGAUCAACAAGAUGUCGUCCUUCCUGGCCCAAGAGGCGCGGCAGACCGGCAUCGACGUGAACGACAAUGCGUCCGACUUCAGUGUGCACAGCAACACGAUCGCGCCGAAGCCAUCGUACGUCGGCCGCGAGCACGGCAUUUUGCCUGCGUGGUUACGUGAGCAGCAGGAAGAAGGCAACGUGUCGUACGCGCCGCCGGACGAGCAGCGUUCGACGCCGAGCGUCUUUGAGGCGCUCGACGAAAAAGUGAACGAGUCGAUGAACGGCAGCGAGCGCGCGGCCGCAAGCAUCAACCGCAACACGCCCUUCUUUCCGCCCCACAAGCGCGACCUGGACCGCGUCGCGCAGGCGAAUAUGGACGGCAGCGGCCCCGCGCACUAUCGCGCCCUCAACGCACAGACCUCGGCCGGAAACCGCGCGUCGAGCGAGACGGACGGGCGGAUGAAGCUCUCGACCAGCCGCUCCAAGGGCGCGCUGAACGGCAAGGCGCUCCCAGCGCCGCCUCGCCGCCGCAUGGACGCCGCGUGGGGCACGCUCUUUGAGGCGGGCACCUACGCCGGCUUCAAGUCGAUGCCGAGCGCCCGCGACCUCCGUCUGCUGACGCCGCGCAAAGAGCCGACGACGCGCCGCGCGAUGCAGUACCCCGUGCCCCCGAGCCAGGAGUUCCAGCCGAUGCUCGCCCCGACCCCGGACGCAGGCGCGCUCGGCACGUCGCUCGAGUCGGUCGGCGACGCGCCUGCCGAGCCCGAGGGGCCGCCGCCGCCGGUGCGCCGCGACUCGGACCCGAACGUGCGCUCCGAGGCGUGGGUGCCGCGCAUGCAGGCGCCGCCCCCACGCACCUCUGAGCUGCAGCGAUUCGUCUUGCAGGGCGACGCGACGCGGCCGCAGCUGCCGCACCCCAUUGCGCACGACCGCAAGGCGAGCGGGUCGUACGGCAUCGGUUUCAAGACAUGGCCGAAGCCCGACGACGACGACAAGGACAAGGGCGAGGCGAGUACCAAGCCCGAAGCCAAGUCGGACACCCACCCCGAACUCAGCGCCGAGCCCAGCGCGGAGAGCGCUCCAGUUCCCCCGAGCCACGAACCCGUUUCUUAG